CGUUCCAGCGCUUCAGCCAGUCGUGAUAUAAAGUUCACAGAGGUAGUUCUUUAACGCGUGCACUUAUCAGGAAUCGGAAACUCUACUUCCUAGUCGAGCCAGACCAGUUCCUUCCUCGACGACGUCGACACGUUGACGACGAAGUCGAUCACACACAGAAAGCGUCACGGCACGCGCGCUCAAUUAGCGUUUUUCCUCUGAUCGCUGAUCGUUUCAAUUAGCAACCACGAAGCUGCUCGAGGGCUGCGCUACCGAGUGCGAGGUUGGGAGGGCCAUGAAGACGUCCACGUUAUCGUGCAGUGACUUGAUCAAGCAGGAGAUACGAGAUGCCUGCAAGGACCUCGUCCUAUCUGAUGAUCAGCUCAGGCUGGUCAUGCAGAGGCUCAGCGACGAGAUCAACAGAGGCUUAUCGAGGCAAACUCACGAUGACGCAACUGUCAAAUGCUUUACGACCUACGUACAAGAUCUGCCAAACGGCACCGAGAAGGGCAACUUCCUAGCACUGGACUUGGGCGGCACAAAUUUCCGAGUAUUACUGAUUACACUGGACGGUCAGAACUUCGAUAUGAAGAGCAAAAUCUACGCAAUACCACAGAGCUUGAUGCUCGGUACUGGCACCCAGCUGUUCGAUCAUAUCGCUCAAUGUUUGGCGUUAUUCGUGAAGGACCUGAAGUUGCAGAACGAGGUGCUGCCGUUAGGCUUCACCUUUAGUUUCCCCCUAACUCAGCAUGGACUGACACAAGGAAACUUAGUGAGAUGGACCAAGGGCUUCAAUUGCAGCGGAGUGAUCGGCGAGGACGUCGUAGCCCUCCUCGAAGAAGCAAUCGAUAGAAGAAACGAUGUUAAAAUCGAUGUAUGUGCAAUCCUGAAUGAUACCACCGGUACUUUAAUGUCGUGUGCAUGGAAAAAUCAAAAUUGCCGAAUCGGCUUAAUUGUCGGUACUGGAAGCAACGCUUGCUAUGUUGAAAAGACGAGGAAUGUGGAAUGUGCGAUUCCAGGUAAUUAUGCAGAUCACAAGUCCCAUAUGCUAAUCAACACGGAGUGGGGCGCGUUCGGCGAGGGUGGUGUAUUGGACUUUGUGACGACCGAGUUCGAUCGUGCUAUCGAUGAAAAUUCCAUCAAUCCGUCAAAGCAAUUGUUUGAAAAAAUGAUCUCGGGCAUGUAUAUGGGUGAAUUGGCGAGGCUCGUCCUCGAGAAACUAGUAAACGCUGGCCUUCUCUUCGGCGGCAAAUAUCCUACCGAUCUCAGAAAGCGCGGAAAGUUCUUCACUAAAUACGUCUCCGAAAUCGAAAACGAUCCUAAGGGAAAAUACACAAAUUGUCGGGAGGUGUUAGCUGAGCUGGGUUUGCGGAAUGUGAGCGAUCAGGAUUGUGAGAACGUAAGAUACGUAUGCUCGUUGGUAUCGAGAAGGGCAGCGUAUCUGGCGAGCGCGGGGAUAGCAACAUUAUUGAAUAAAAUGGGCGAAAACAAUGUCACCGUAGGUAUCGAUGGCUCCGUGUAUCGGUUCCACCCACACUUCCACGAUCUCAUGACGGCGAAAAUCACUGAACUCCAAAACUACAAGUUCGAUUUGAUGCUGUCGGAGGACGGGAGUGGUCGUGGCGCAGCGCUGGUCGCUGCAGUGGCAUCGCAGAGGCGGUGAAGACGCGGUUAUCGGUAGCGAGCUAGUUCCAAUUCAAUUUUAUGUAACGUAAAACUGAUACGAACAGCAGUAUGAGAGAAUUAGAUGAGCGAUGAGCGAGUGAGCUUGAACGAGAGAGUUAAAUUGCAAAAGUUUUAUAAGUUUGCACUUUCUACAUUCAAUACAUUUUUUUUUUUGUUUUUUUUAAAUCGUUUUAGGCCAUUAUUCCAAGACUUCGCUAAAGGCUGAGCGGCUUGAUAGUCACGAAAAGGGUCCAUAGACGUCUAAAUAAAUGUUAAUAAUUAGAUUGUAGACCCUUUGUAAUAAAAGAGAUUUUAAAGCAAUAUACAUACACACAUACAUACAUACGUAUGUGCAUAUAUUAGAAUAUAUAUGUUCUUAUAAAUUUAUAAAGAUGCGUCUAAUCUACUAUUAUUAUUAUUAUUAUUUUUGUCAACGUAAUAUAUUUUAUCAUUUUCAUCAUAGAGUAUUUAUGCAAAACGAUAGUGAUACUUUUUUUCUUUCGUCCUUUGAUUUCGAUAUUGUUAUCAAAUAAUACCAUUAUCAAAGGACGAAAAAAAUGAAUUUUAUGAUAGGAAUGAUCGUGAUAUUAUGAAAGAGUUGAUAGAUAGUACAUGAACGUGAUAUUCGAUGGAACAAGAAAUACUAUCAAGCAUGGAAGUGUAUUUUCAGUGAAGAUAAUAAGUAGCUGCCUUAUCUCUGGUAUUAAUAGCCUAUUUAGCUACCAUUUUACAUAGUUCUCUGCGAAGAUGAUAAAAUAUGUUACGUUGUCAAAGGUAUGAAUAGAUGCAUUUUCAUAAAUUAUAAAAAUAGAUAUAUGUUAAAAUAUAUCUGUGUUAUAUAGGAUUAUGUUAGGGUUAUCUGUUCAUAUUGUUUUAUUUUGUCUGUUUUUAAUGUAGAAAGUGCAAAGUAAUGCAAAUUAGAAGAGAUGAAUGGAUUAAAAAAUUGCGCGACGAAUAUUUCUUGUACAUAGAGCACAAAAAGCUAUAACUUAGCGGAUUAGAAGAACGGUGAAUACUUAGUUAAUGUUUAUGCGAGAAAAACUAAGUAAUCGAGGAUGUAGAUAUCCUCUCUAUGGCGGCCGAGUACGAUGAUCAUUAUAUUUAGUGUAAUUCAUUAAUGAUCCGCAAAUCAUUAGCAUUAUCAGUUAAUAAUCUCGAUGAAUCUUCGAGAAGAAAACAGCGAGAAAGAAAUCGAGUAUGUAAACAAAUUAAGAAAAUUGCUCGACAAAUUUAACCACCAGAAAGGAUCUCGAGCAUUAAUUGUUAAUUGUUAAUAAAAUAACAGACGUAUUAACAAAUGCGAACGACUUAAAUCGAUGAUAUACUUAAACUGAUCACGUGAGAUCAUAUCAAUUGUAAAAACGACGAUAAAUCGAUAGGUUCGAGAAUAAACAGAGUUUUUCAUCGA